AGAGCUUGUUUCUCUGGCAUAUUUGUGGAAAAAAGAUCAUCAUUGCUUCUCCAGGAAAUGAUAACAAAUGGCAUUGUGGCUAUCACAGUCAAUGUUGCAGCCAUGGGGUUGGACCCUUGCAAAGCAUUUGGGCAAAGAAAUAGCAUUUUUGAAAACUUAUCUGCAUAAAUUGAAGGACUUGUAUGGAAUCAACGUAUGUGGUGAGGGAGGGAAGUAUGAAACUUUGACUCUUGACCGCCCACUCUUCCAUAAUGCUAGAAUCAUUAUUGAUGAAUUCCAAGUUGUGCUGCACUCUUCUGAUUCCAUAGCUCCAGUUGGAGUUCUGCAUCCAUUGAAAUUUCAUUUGGAAAGACAGGCAUCCAGCUUGUCAAGUGUUUAUGACAAAACUAAUGAUAUAUGCGGGGAGAAUAUGAGUUCUGCAUAUGAAGUGCAAGUUGAAAAUCCACAAGAAUGCAAAGCUCCAAGUGAAUCCGUUCCUGAAGUUAGUGACUUGGUUGAUGUUUCAAGUAAUCAGCUUCACAUCUUUAAAACAGAAAAAGAUAAUACAUUUUCUAUUUGUUGCCGGUUGCGAGAUCCAUCAGAACCUUCACUGGGUAAAAGAAAAUGACGCUUUGCAGACUUGCAGUUGCUAUCCCAUGCAACAUCCUCCUUUCUAUUUAACCAUUGUUUCCAAUACAAAAUUACAAUUAAUCACUGUUUUAGAUUUUUUUUUAUUGGUAGGUUUGCAGGAAGAUUUGAAGCUGCUCCUUAGGCAAAUUGAAUUGCAACUUCUAGGAUGUGGUUUUGGUUGGGAGCAUGUGCUUUAUAGUCAUCUGUACAUAUCCGAUAUGAAUCAGUUCACUCUGGCAAAUGAGACGUGAGAUUUAUUAUCCAGGACAAAUGCCCUUUUGGUGUUCCAUCACGAAGUACUAUUGAACUGCCUUUAAUUCAAGCAGGUUUAGGA